GGGGAAUGUUUGCCGACGUCAUUGUUUACAUUUUGCCUCAUUUAGCAUACGACUCAGUCUGCGUUGGAGAACGCAUCAUGCAAGACACAAAGUGACUCCAAACAUUCAAAAGCUUGUGAAACUUAUGAGUAAGAAACUAAAUUUAGCUGCUUGUGUGUGAAUAUUGGCGGAGAUAUUGGCUUUUGAAACACUUCAAAGUUCUGCCAGCUGUAAUGAGCCCAUAUAUGGCUUACAAAAUUCUCACAGAAUACAAUGUUUUAUGUAUCGAGUAGUAAAUCCUGUUGUAAAGUUUGUAAAAGUGAACUCUUGGAUUUUGUUCCUGUUCUCAUAAGGUUUUCCAUCGGCCGCUCCCUGUUUGUUUAACCGCGGUCGCGAGAUGGUAUUGCAUGAUUUUACAAUUGUUUAUAGUUCAGUUCCGAGAACUACUUCAAUAGUUGCCAUCGAAAGGAUGCAUACAAAUCAAAGCGCGGCCUCUGACUGAAAGCGGAAGUCUUAGCAGCACGCCUUAUCUUCAAGUGCUUUCAUUUACUUUUCUUUAGGAGUGCAGCUCGAAAGCAACUUUGGCUUAGCUUACUCUCAUACUAAGAGAUCUUAAUUCAACAUGUCAGUUUUCUGCGUUGAACGGUUGAAAUUCGGUUUGUACCAGUGACAUAGUCAGUGCGGUUUUCAUUUCGUUGCAUAUAUCGUUUCACUGUCGACACUGACGUGUUUCGAUGUUCAAUAAACUAAAUAUAGCUCACUUACGGCGUUUCAGUUCAAACCUCUGAAGCGAAACGCUUCCUGUUUACAGGAGUGUCAACGACUCUAAGUCAUGAACAACUCAAUCUCGUCAAGGAAUUUUUCAGGCCUAAAGCCAGUGGAAAUGGCUCGAAGACAAAAGCUACAGUACAUGAUGUUGGUUUUCACUUACUUUGCAGUAUUACAAGAGAUUGUGAACGCGUCAAAUGUACCACAUCCUUCGUUCACUUGCGGUCCCAACGGUAUUAAACACGACACAAACGACUCGGAAACACUUGGGGGAACACCCAACGUGGAUAUGACUUGCCCUAAACUGCCAAUUAAAAUGGACGCACACACAGAAAUUGCUUGUGAGGUGCUUUCCAAAACCUUCGCUAACAUAACCUGGUUCCAUAACCGACAACCAAUCAGCAAACAAAGAAAGAGUCACGUGACAGUUGAUAGGAAGUCCUGCUAUCAAACCCUCAAAAUUAAAUUUGUCACGACCAGCGAUGGUGGAAACUACACAUGCCAAGUUGCUAACGCCAAUGGAAACGUCAACAAAACAUGUGUUCUUGAUGUGAAGGCUCAUACAACCGAAGAAGUCCAGAUUGGAUAUGUGAAGAUAGCUGGCAAUCGGCAAAAAGCUAUCCUUCAAGGAAGUGUUGUGCUGAAAUGCAGCAUGCUCCACGCGCAAGCUGGUGUCUGGCUGAGAAACAGUGAAAGAAUAACGGAUAACGAACGUCAAGUCUAUAGACACGAACGCAUGUUUGGUGCUAAAGUAAUGAUGCUUUACCUGGAGAUCGUAAACGUGACCAAAAAUGACGAGGGAUUGUACACGUGUCUGGGAUACAGAAACGGAAGACAGGCUAAUAAGACUUUCUAUCUCGAGACAGAGCCAUGUCCAAGUGGUUACAUUUGCCCCCAUGAAGGAAACACAGCUAUUCGAAUCCCCGCAGCUGUCUUGCCAGGAUCGAAUGGUGUAUUCGUGGCACAAAGUAAAAGCAAAGGGUCUUGCUCCGUUUUUCAAGGUUACUUGCUGAUAUUUGUGUACAUACCUAUGGCUUUACAUGGAUGUCUGGGGUCUUGCUGAUUGCUUCCUGAAGUGUUGAGCCGCUUAAUCUUCUCACGGAAUAUGAAACUAAACAGAAGUUGAGUAACGAUGGUGUUCGGAUUAUGCUGUGUUUAUAUAAGAGUCGUUGCUCCACUGCCUUAGCAAACGGCCUGGCAACAAGGAAAGCAUACGCAUGCUUCCAGACGAACCCGCAUAAUCGGGACCUCAAUGAGGUUACGCGACCAGGAUUCCGGGAAACAGUAACCAGGGAUCAGUUUCAUUAGUCAAAAGCUCUAUCAGCAAGAAGAAAAACGUUUCGGUUCCGAGCGCAAAAUGCCGCAGUUGGCAAAACGUUUUUAAAGCUCCGGGGUGCGACUCUGCGUUACGGUGCAACGCUUCGAGUUGCGGACGAGCUAACAGCUACGGGUGCGGGCAGUGUUUUAAUGAAUGAUCUCUUGAAAUGGGUUCGAGGUGAAUUGAGCUGGGAGGUGAAUAAUAAGUACGUCCAGUGGAAUAAACUUGUCAAAUUUAUACCUUUAUUGUGGGAUUAACGGCAAUACCGGGAAAACAAUAAAUCCCCGAAAGCGAUGCUUUGCGUGUAUAAAGUUACGUCGGUCGCUUUUUGCAUAAGACAAAAUCAAACGAAUGCCCAUCACUCUUUGUUUACUUCGCGGCUAGUUUCUACUAUCACUCUAAUGGAUACGUCUUCAUACAAUCGUGUUGAAAGUAAAACCGUACUUUGUGAAGGCCGCCUUGGUAAACAAGGCAUAGUUUCAAAGCCAUGACAUUAGCGUGAAGUAGUCUGUUUUUAUGAAGGGUAGUUUUAAGAGAUGAACGCAAAAUAUCACAGAUUACCCAGCUUUCAUUGAGAUUAAAGCGAAUCACGUUUGCGCGGCCUGAGAGCAAGGAUAAGGAUUAUAAGUACAUUACGUCUAAGUCCACACGCUCAUCUGCUAGUAAUGAAAGCUUGUCAAAAGUUGUACUAAGUGUAAAUAUACAUUAAGUAAAUCACAUUCUUCAGGCUUUUGAAACUGCUCAACAAAAGCUCAUUUAUUCCAAUAAUGCAGUAAACAUUUUUUUAUGCCCAAAAUUUCUCACAAAGCAACAUGAAGCCACAAAAGAACCCCAGUAUGACGAGUGCUGCAGCUAAACCUAAUCUAAACUUCUCAAUCGAAAAUAUUCUCAAGGAAGAAAAACCUGCGAAGGUUUUACUUUCUUCCGAACGUGUUCCCAGCAAGGAAACUGAAGGAGUUCAAGAAGGAACACCUUUGCCUGUAGAGAGAACGGUAACCAGCGAUCUUCCGUGGUUGGCGUACACGCGGUAUUCUCCCCCAAAAAUUCCAAGUAAGUUUUGAGAGCUCUGAAUUCUCAAUGGUAAGCACUUCUUUGUAAAUUAAGACAGUUAUAUUACGGGAAGUGCCAAUAACUACUGAAGAAUUGUCUCAUGUAAAUUUAAUAAGGGAAAGAAGAUUUACAAAAUAUCAUUAAGAAAGUAAAAUACUAAGCUAAGUAGGGAACCCAAUAUGUGUGUAUGGGCCUUACUGCAGCGGCCUCAGUAUUCUUGUCGAGACAUUCUUUAAGGCACGAGGGGCAAAGUGACUUAAAGACCGAUGUUCUGUCAUAGCUACGACAGUACGAGAAACUUAACUCACAAUAGAACAAACGCUGCACAGACACAAAGUGGAAGGUAAAAAAAAUUGAGAGAUACGGAAAAAGCUUGGAAGUUAAGAAAAUGUUUGCAAUUUUGUUGCAGGGUCAAAAAAUCGUAAGACUGUCAACAGACGAAAGGUAAGUGGUAGCCCAAGAGUUCCAUUUUCAACAGAACAGCUCCUGCAGUUGGAGAAAAGCUACGAGGACACCCACUAUGUUACCGCAGCUAAAGUAUCACAGCUUUCUGCAAUGCUGAAGCUUCCAGGAAACCGCAUUAAGAUUUGGUUUCAGAACCGCCGCGCAAGGGAAAAAAAGAAGUCCAAGAAGAUGACCUGUGAUGAUGGUGGCCAUCAAACGCUAAGUGACAUAUGUGUUGAGACAAAAGUCCGUGAAGAGCCUCACGAGGAAAUCAACCAAAACAUCUGCCCAUCGCGUUUUACUUGUCCAAGUUAUGAGAGAAUACAUCCCAGUUUCUCACCGAGGCGUGCACACGAGUUACAAUGUAGCACUUGUUUAAACAUAAAUGGAUGGCAGAGUAUAUCAAACUUGCCACAAACCCAUCUAUCAAGUUGCUUUGACUGUGGUCUGUACAAAGGAUUUAGGUAUCUCGUGUAAUUUAUUUUGUGUUAUCUCGCCGAUAAUCCAUCUGUACGUGUACGAUCGUUAGAAAACAUAAUACUGGACGCAACUGACAGUUACUAAAGUAUGAUAGUAUGGUUUAAUUAAUUUCUGUCUCCACUUCUGUCUAUGUCCAGUUUCAAAACGGACACUUCAUUCUUAUAUAACCAUAAUAGAGUCUUCCGCGUUCAGGAAGACAUAACCGUUAACAGUAUCGUAUUGAACGUAUCAGUUAAGAAACAAAACAGCCGAAAAGUGAAAUACGCUGGUUUAUGAUUUUUAAAAAAGGGCCAUACAGAGCAUAAAUAGCACAAAACCGUUGCAAGUUUUCCAUUUGUCACGCGUGCGCAGUGACGAGGCCACAUCAUGGUCAGGAAGGAAUAUUUCUUGCAGCUUCGUUUUCCACCGUGCUGAACUCCCCUCGCGAAGCCCGGCAUUUAAUUAUUCGACCUCAAAGAUCGUGCCUUCAAAGGAAAAA